AGACAGACCUCGGCUCAGUCCUGCGGCUCCUAUUGGCUGGCACUUUCUACAAAAUCCAACUCGAGCCACUUCACUCACAGCACACUAACACAAGCCAAAGGCGUCCGCCACGUCUCCUCCAUCACCGCGCCGCCGUCGCACCGCUUCUUGACCGGAUGCAGACGCUCGAGCUUUAAACUUUUAGCCUUUUUAUUUGGUGCUGUUCUGCCCCCCGAGGAAGACGUCCGCCUCGGCUCCCGCUUGGCUUUAUAUUGUUUUACGCGCCAGGACGCUGUUCCUUCAGCACAGAGUUGUAAUUUUUUUUUUUCACCAGGAGGAAACGAAGUAGACAAAGAACUUUACAGUCGUCGGUACCAGGAUUCCCGGUGUAGGACGGACCGCGCGGACACCAGACGACCCCCCAAGUACAUAUCGGGAGCCCCGUCCAUUUUUCAAAAUUUUCUCCAACUUCAGCCCUCAGUCCAACAUUAGCAUGAUGUCGUAUCUAAAGCAACCACCUUACACAGUCAAUGGCCUCAGCUUAACUACUUCUGGAAUGGACCUUUUGCAUCCAUCAGUGGGAUAUCCAGCAACGCCACGGAAGCAGAGGCGAGAGAGGACUACUUUUACGCGCGCACAGCUCGACGUUUUGGAAGCGUUAUUCGCCAAAACUCGGUACCCGGACAUAUUCAUGCGCGAAGAGGUGGCGUUAAAAAUCAAUCUACCCGAGUCCCGAGUACAGGUCUGGUUUAAGAACCGACGCGCCAAGUGCCGCCAGCAGCAGCAGCAGCAGCAGAACGGGGGCCAGAACAAGGUGCGACCUGCCAAGAAGAAAAGUUCCCCCACCAGAGAAGUGAGCUCAGAGAGCGGGGCCAGCGGCCAGUUCACGCCCCCUGCGAGCACCACCACUGCCCCCGUCAUCUCCACCAGCACCGCCCCGGUGUCCAUCUGGAGCCCCGCGUCCAUCUCGCCGCUCUCAGACCCCCUGUCUACCUCCUCCUCCUGCAUGCAGAGGUCCUAUCCCAUGACCUACACCCAGGCCUCGGGCUAUAGCCAGAGCUACCCCGGCUCGACCUCCUACUUCGGCGGCAUGGACUGCGGCUCUUACCUCGCUCCCAUGCACCACCAGUUGUCCGGCCCCGGCUCAACUCUCAGUCCAAUGGGCACGAACGCGGUCACCAGCCACUUGAACCAGUCCUCGGCGCCCCUCUCCACCCAAGGCUACGGGACGUCCGGCCUGGGCUUCAACUCCACAGCAGACUGCUUGGAUUAUAAGGACCAGGCGGCGUCGUGGAAGUUGAACUUCAAUGCCGAUUGCUUGGAUUAUAAGGAUCAAACCUCCUCGUGGAAAUUCCAGGUCCUGUGAACGGAUCGAUCCGCUGUCUUAAAAGAAAAAAGAAGAAAAGAAAAAAAAAGUGCACAAACAGUGACGCUCACAUCAGACACGACGCUGCCCCCCCCUUCAAUAAAACACAUCGGACGGGUUAAAAUGUCAGCCGGGCUCGGCGAGGCAGGGCUCUCGGGGGGCCUCGGGGUUUCGGCAUGAUGGUCUUUCGUCCUCCUAGAGGAGACGUUUUAUUUAUUUUAGCACUGGCUAAGAGAUCCCCUCCCCCCCCGUUCGUUCACAGGUUGUAGCCCCUCAUCCAUGUAUGUCAGUGUGUGCCUCUAUGCGUAAAAACACCUGUUGGGGGCCACACAGAAUGGACCGAAAGAAAAGUUCAUCUAACAGACUCCCCGUGAAGUGCUCGGGCUGGACAGACCUCCUAAAAGCUUCAUGCCGACCUGCUGGCAGAGACACACGAGGACGGGGUGUGGACAUGGAUGCACUACUUUAUUUAAGAAAAAAAAAGUGUUUAUAAGGAAUCAAUAUGUAGUUUCUAAGAGACAAUCAGUGUGUGUCUUAUAUAAAUGGUACAUAUGUGUUUGUUUUUUAAUCUGUGCUAGCCUUCGAAACUGUGAUCUGUUGUAUUGUAUGCAAUUUGUGAGCCCCCACCCCCCCCCCCCCCCCCCACCCAACGCGCAUCAGACUCUCUGCUGUGAUUUUAAUAGAUUUCUAACUUUUUUUGAACAACGAAAGAUGCCAUGGGUUAAAAUGACCGGCAUCUCAGGCAGAGAGAGAGAGAGAGAGAGAGAGAGAGAGAGAGAGCAGACUUUCCAAGCAGAUGGUAGGUUUAUACUCCAGAGUUUAGCCAUAAAUGACUCUCGGCUGCUGAGAGCUCCACACUUGCUCCCCUCCAUUGAUCUCAAAACACGGUGACGGUGGAUCCUCUACUGGCUCCAGAGGUGGUGUGACCUCACCGCUGAAAAGACAUGAAUAAAGGUCCUGUGAGCUUA